GACCUUGGGGCAGAGCCUCUCAGUAUAAAACUUUUUUUUUUUUCAUUUUAUAUUUGUCCGCCACACACUGUAUAUCAGUAAAAUACUGAUGUUUUAAUUUAUGCAAACUCGGCACCGGAAGUGAACUGGGUAAACUGCAGUUCUCACAGCGCAUGCGUUUAUCUGAGAGGCUUUUUUGGCGCCAUGCAUUAUUUACAAACCACGUUUAGAAAUAUUGAAAAGAUGGUUUUGGUUCAACGACACAUGGUGUAAUUGGAGGAAGACAAGAAAAAAUUAUUAUAAUGAGCGUUGCAUGGGCAUCUGCUCGAUAUUUUCAAAAAGGAAUCGAUUUUGAAUGGCUGCUAGAGUGAAGAAAACGAAGAGGCGAGGUAAACGGUUUCUGUCGAGCAGCGCAUAAAUUGUUCAUCUGACAUGAUAAAUACCAACGUAGUUUUGGAGGAUAAUCAAGUCGUAAGGCUUGUCCUCGAGUUUUUGGACUCCAGAAAGCUUCACAACACCAUGAGAAGUCUUGAGAAAGAAUCUGGGAUCGUAAAUUGUGGUUAUUCCAGUGAUAUUCUCUUCUUGAGAGACCUUGUACUUGAUGGCGAAUGGGAGGCCAUAUUGAUCUUUGCUCAGCCAUUUGAAGGCAUCGCCGAUUUCGACUCAAGACAAUUCCGUUACCUUGUUUUAAAGCAAAAGUUCAUGGAAGUGUUAUACUUCAAGUCGGGUUUUGGUGGAAAUUCAACAAGCUACUCAAUUGAAGAUUUAAUCAAGUGCCUGAAUCAACUGGAGGAAGACUGUCCAAACAAGGCUGAAUAUAGCAAAUUGUGUUUUCUGUUGACUGUUCCUAAUCUACCCGAACAGCCGGAAUAUCGAGAUUGGAACCCCACCACAGCACGGAUAAAAUGCUUUGAACAAAUCCUUGAUUUACUUCGAAAGGUGAUUCCCAUAGAAAAGAAAGGUUUGAAUGGAAAGUUGCCAAGACCAUUGACCCCAAUUAAAGACCGGUUAUUGAACUUGGUAAUUAAAGGAUUGUGUUUUGAAAGUUGUGUGGAUUAUUGUCAGUUGAGAGCAAUCAAUGGAAAUCUCUCAGAAGACCUUCAUGUUUACACAGGAGAUAACAUCUUAAAUGGACCAUCACAGGAAAGUUCUGGCAAUUUCUUGUCCUGGCUUAAAAAUCUACCACAAGAUGCCUUUAUCACACCUUUUGAACCAGUAAGUUUAGAAGUUGACUUGAAAAGGGUCAAACAAGCCUCAGGUGUUUUAUUUCACAAGGUUCCAAGAAGAGAUGAUGCUGAAAUUCUCUCAAGGAGCUUAUCUCUUUCUGGCCGGCCAGCUACCACUGACAUUGCCACACAUCUGUCCACAUUGGAAACAGGCAGGACCAGUGGAGCAAUCUUGAACAACAAGGUGUAUUCCACCCAGCCUCUCAAGGGAGUUUCACAUUCUUAUAAUGAGUUUCACUAUAAGGGCUAUCAAGAGAAAGAGCCAAGCUCUACCCCAGUUAAUAAUGGCUUCCAUGAAAAUGGAUUGGCUACUAAACUGGAAAGUGAGGAUAAGAGAGUGAUCCAGACAGUUACAUCUGACAGUAAUUCAGAUGAUGUUAUUAAGGAACAUGAGUCCAUUCAACCUGUUGGCAGUCAUGCUUCAGAACCAAGCAAAGAUUCUGAUAGAAUUCAUGCUCUCAAAGAGCAACAACAACAAGAUGUCUUAAAACAACUUGAAGCCUACGAGAGGCAAAAGCAAGAACUAGAGCGACAACUUCUAGAAUUGUCCUUGAGGGGAAAACCUAAUGGGGAAGGCGAAGCUACAUCUGAAUUGCCUGACAAAAGACCAGAAUCUGGUGAAUCCUUCAAAAGCUUUAGAAAUGAAACUUUAGCUGAUAGUACUAACUUUCAAAGGCCUCCAGACAGUUCAGUGCAAGAGGAGACAGUUCACAUGCAAAAUGGGCAGAUCAUAUUUCAUAAUCGUGAUCAAGAGAUUGCUACUCCUGUAGAAAGUGAGGGUCAUUUUCCACAAUCUCACAAUAGCUUUCAUAUACAACAGAGUGGUCAACAACAUCCAAAGAAUGAAAAACAGUAUUCUAAUAGCUUUUCAGUCAAUAAUGCCAUGACAUCAACUCCUACUGUUAGAACCAAGCAUAAACCAGAUGACUUAAACCUAGAAGAAGCCACUGCAGACAAUACUGCCUACAACAUUAUUCCUGUAACGCCAGGUGACCAAAUGUUUCCUCUAACUCCCCUUGUGAAUGAACGUGCACCUUUAAGCACAGGUCAUUGGGUUGCCUUAGCAGAUGGUUCUGGAGUUCUGAAUACCAGUACUCCCAAGAGCACAAGGCAGGGAUUGUCAUCAACACCAGCUCCACUAGCAUCCCCAGUCCUAUCUGUGGAUGGUGCCACGCCCCACAGUAUUCCUCUUUUCUAUGAAAAAGACAACCCAAAAGUUGUCACAAAGUAUGACAAUUCAGACACUGUGGUAACAGCUGACUUGGGAAAGGACAAAGAGAACACUGUAUCCCAGAAUCAGCAAGUCCCAGUUAAAAGAGGACCGAAAGUUAAUGGUGUGCGGCGUUCCCUUGUCCCACAGACUGUGACCAAACAGAAGAUGGGAGCGAUGGAUGAAAACAAAGAGAUAAGAAUUCCAGCUCAAGGUGUCAAUGGCAAUGCACCAUCAGUGGAAAGAAUCAAAUCGGUUAAUGGCGGUAACAACUCACCUGCUACACCCCAACUACAAACCCAAAAUCAGCCGAUGGAACUAGCGCAGCAAGAUUUUGGUCAUGAAGGGGCACAAGUAAAUGGGCAGCCUUCAAGAAAUGCUACAACAUUUGUGGUGCCUCCCAGUACCGAGAGCAAACCAAAGACUAAUAGAGCUCCAACUGGUGCCCAUUAUCCUGGAGAAUCUAAACAACCACACAAGGAAACUAGCAGAGAUACGAAGAAAGUUAGAGAGACAGGGACAGUAAACAUGACAUUCCGUAAGCCUUCCACCAACUCACCACCCAAUAACACUACAGUAACUGUCAACCAUGGUAGCCAUAUUCCACAACAUGAAAAACAGAAGGAACUCUUGCAUUCGUCUUCAGACAUUUCAUUCUACACUGUAGCUACACUAGAGGAUGUGCAAGCCAUCAGAGCCAUAGCUUUUCAUCCCUCUGGUGAUUUAUUUGCUGUUGGAUCAAACUCAAAGACUUUAAGAGUAUGCACUGCUGAAGGCUUGAAUUCCGAGCGAAGAAUAGAAAGUAACAGUGGUGAUCAACCUCCACAACCAACCAUUCUAUUUAAAAGUAACCGCCACCACCGGGGCUCCAUUUACUGUGUAGCUUGGAGUGCUGGAGGAGACAUAAUAGCCACAGGAUCCAAUGACAAAAGCAUCAAAAUGACAAGAUUUGAUGCCGAAACCUGCUCUGUGGCAUGGCCUGGAUUGGAGCUUGCUAUUCAUAAUGGUACUGUUAGGGAUCUAGCAUUUGUCUCGCGUGCCAAUGGCACACCGGUUUUGGUCUCUGGAGGAGCAGGAGAUGGAAAUAUCAUGAUCUCUGACUGUAAUACUGGCCAGACAGUAGGACAACUGAAGGGUCACUCUGGACAUAUCAUGGCUGUAUAUGCCGACAGCGAUGACAUAAUUGCCUCGGGAUCUGCCGAUAAUACUGUCAGGCUGUGGGACCUGCGGUCACAGCGAUGUAUUGAUGCCAUAGCAACUGGAGACAGCUGUGUGGCAUCAGUCUGUGUGAACUCAUCAGGCAAUAUGUUAGCUUCAGGUCAUGAAGAUGGAAGCUGUAUGAUCUAUGACAUCACAGCAGGCCGAACAUUACAGCUUUUCAAGCCACACACAAUGGACUGCAGAUCAGUGCGUUUUUCGCCGGAUAAUAAUUUUCUUCUGACUGGAUCGUAUGACACAAGUAUCAUCAUGAUGGAUGUAAGGAAAGACUUAGAAACAAGAACACCACCAUACUCUGUUGUUGCUCAUCAUAGAGACAAGGUCAUCCAAUGCCGUUGGCAUCCUGGUCUUCUGGCAUUCUUGAGCUCUAGUGCUGACAGAACAGUCAGUCUGUGGGCCCCAGAUUGUUAAAACUCUGCAAGAAGUGCACUUUUGUUUGCACUACAUUGUUUAUGCUUUAAAGUGGCCUAUUUUGAGCAUCAAAGAAAGGGGUUUUACAAUGUUUGUUGGGUGGUUUGGGGUUCAUGUGUUUCAUGGAAUCCUGGAUUCUUUAGAAAAAUAAAUUAGAGCUACUGUUUUGAUCCUUUCAAAGAAGUUGAUCAAGGAAAUUCAGGAAGAAAGGGGUUGUAGCAGUGGGGCAAGCGUGCAACCUUGUAAAGUGGCAAGUUACAGUAGGGGUGCAGAGGCAUGUCCUUGCAGAAAUUCGCCAGUGUGCUAUUUUCUUCACCCUAAGCAUUUGUAACAGGACAUUUAGGCCUUGGAAAGACAUGUUGUGAAUUCCCCCAAAAAAGUGACCAGGGGAGGGGGGAUGGCUCCCAAUUAACAUGACUUAUUAAAUACCACACUGCUGCUGCAGCAGGUGCCAUAAUCAAACCACAAAAGCAUUUGAUGUUUUGUACAUUGAUAAGCACCAUUUCAGAAAUGUGUCUUGGAACUUCUUCAAAAAUUAUAAAAAAGUUAUUUUUUUGAUCAUACCACAUUGGUAUCUGAACAAUUUGUUCAUUAGACACAAUCAAAUCAGGAAUAAUCAACUUGUUCUGGACCCAUAUCACUCUUUCAAGUGCCUUUUUCUUACCUUAGGUUGUUUCAUGCACAGGUGGCAAAUAGUGCUAGCAUUGUGUUAUGUGGUAUCUUAGCACAACAUAUUGUAGAUGUGUUACAUCAGACAUUUUUGUAUAGAUAGUCCUUAUAAUUCAAAGGUUAAGUAAGUCUCUGAUUUGAUAUUAUUUAUUGUAAGUUGUGAAUUGUAAUUAUAUUUAAACUUAUAAAAGGUAAAAGUUUAAAUUCAGAUACAAAUGAACUCUGUUAUUUAAAGAAAGCCCUCGGUUCUUUGUAAAUUAUUGUCAGCAGUGUGAUUGGUCACAAUAAAUCAUUGUGCUAGGCCCAAUUAACUCUUGAUCACUGCAUUUGUUUAGUGGAUCAUCCUAAGAGCAUAACUGUAUUGUUGACUAGCAUGAUAUUAAUGGUGCUUUAUUUAUGAUUUCUGAGAUGUUGUAAUACUAAAAAGAAAGGUAAGGGAUGCUUACCAUUUACAAAAACCAUCCAGUUGGAAAUUUCAGGCAUAAACAUUAAACGAUUAAAUUCGACGUUGCAGGAGAGGGAAUCACUACAAAGUAUAUCCACAUCAGCUAGAGAGACUUAAAAGGAGCAGAAAAAUAGCAUCAACUCAAAUCACAGCCCAUAUUUUCUGAAGCUUCCCACAAUUUUCCAACUGGAAUUUCCGGUUUUCCCAUGUAAAUGAUAAGUACCCAAGGUUACUAAAAUUAUGGGAGUAAAAUUAAUAUUAUCAAGAGAAAGUAUUGUUCUUGUUGUAGAUAUAAGGUGUUAAAAUGUCAAUUCAGUUUUGAAAAUAAACUUGUUCAAUGUGUCAAGAGUUAA